AUGCCAUAUACAACAGUGUGGAAAAUUGUUACGAAUAGAACUCAACCUCGUAAAAAGCAGGGUGACUUUUCUACACAUAAAGCAGUAAAUGAAAAAGACGCUGAGGUAAUUAGAAGAGCAAUUUACAAUUUCUAUUCAAAGAACCUAGUUCCACCGCUUAGUAUGAUCUACGAUCAACUUGUUAAAGACUAUUCCAUUACGUAUUCGCCUUCAACUUUAUCAAGAUUUUUUAAUCACAUUGGUUUUCGAUACAAGAAAAUUAAUAAGCGAUCAUCAAUAAUGGAUUCUCCUCGUCUAAUUAAAUGGAGAAAUGAAUACUUGGAUGCUAUAUCUAAAUUUAGAGAUGAAGGAAGACCGAUAUUUUAUCUAGAUGAAACAUGGUUCGAUACCCACGAUACUGUUCAAAAAGGUUGGACAGACGAUUCUAUUAAAUGUGCAUCCAAUUAUCCAAUUAAUAGAGGUCAGCGAAUAGUUAUUCUGAAAAUUGGAUCUAAAAAUGGCUGGCUUGGAGGGGAAAGUUUUUUACUAUCGGCAAAAAACAUUAAAGAUUCAAAGCUGGACUACCAUGAAAAUAUGACGAGUAGCUUGUUUAAGGAAUGGUUUGAAAAGAAGGUGUUGCCAAAUUUGCCUCCAAAAAGUGUAAUUGUAAUGGAUAACGCAACGUAUCACAGCGAACAAACUAGAAAAAUCCCGGUGUAG